AUGGACAUCCCGCGCGUGUGGAUCGCGGCCAUCGGCCUCGGCACGUUCUUGUUCGCAAGGGCGGUUUAUCGAGUCUUCUUUCAUCCCCUCCGCAAGGUCCCAGGCCCUACCCUUGCGGCUGCUUCCUAUCUCUACGAAUUCUACUACGAUGUUGUUCUCGGAGGACGCUACAUCUUUCAGAUCGAGAAGUUGCAUCAGACAUAUGGCCCCAUUAUCCGCAUCAACCCCCACGAGAUUCACGUCAGUGACCCUCAUUUUUACGAUCAGAUCUAUGCCCAUAGCUCGCACCGUCGAGAUAAGGAUCCCUGGGUCGUCAACGGGUUCGCGGCCCCCCACUCGAUGGUGAGCACGGUGGGCCACGACCAUCACCGCUUCCGCCGGAACAUCCUGAACAGCUUUUUCUCGAAGAAGCGUGUUCUCGAGCUAGAGUCGCUCGUCGAGACCAAGAUCAAUCACUUGAUGGAACGAUUUGAGGAGUUCCGCCGCGAAGACAAGGUCGUCCAACUCGACGACGCCUUCGCGGCCCUCACAGCCGACGUCAUCACCUACUACUCCUACGGCAAAAACUGGGGCUUCCUUGACGACAAGACCUUCCGCUCCGACAUUCGAGUCACGGUGGGCGAGCUCACAACCAUGUGGCAUUUUUCGCGCUUCUUCGGCUGGGUCAUGAGCGCUAUAUUGUCGUUACCGCCCUCCGUUAUGUGCUGGGUCAUGCCGGGCAAGGCCAUCCUCUUCGACUUCCAGAAGUCUAUCUUCGAGCACUCGGCUGACAGCAUGCGCCCGGGCCUCGGCAAGGGCGUCGGUCGAAACAUCUUCAGCAAGCUGGCGGAUCCGUCCUUGCCGGCUGCGGAGAGAUCGCUGGCGCGGCUGCAGCAGGAGGGGCUUGUCGUUCUCAUGGCCGGGACAGAGACAACGGGGCGUGUGCUCAGCGUGGGCACCUUCCAUCUAUCGCAGGAUAAGGAGUUUAGGGAGAAAUUGCGGGAGGAGUUGAGACAAUCUGGCGCGAAGAGCUGGACGGAACUGGAAAAGCUGCCCCUUCUGACUGCGUUCAUCAACGAAGCGCUCCGAGUUAGUAUCGGUCUGACGGCUCGCUUACCGAGGUCGGCGCCUACUGAAACCCUCAUGUACAAGGACAUUGCGAUUGCGCCGGGGACGUCCAUGUCAAGCUCCACCUACAUCAUCCAUCGCGACCCAACUCUUUUCCCCGAUCCAGAUCGAUUUUACCCUCAACGGUGGAUCGAGGCCUCGGAGCGGAACUUCAAUCUGACCAAGUAUCUCGCUACGUUCACUCGGGGCAGCAGAGCUUGUAUUGGAAUGAAUCUCGCGUAUAUGGAAUUGUACAUGACCUUUGCCGAGUUAGUCCGCCGCUUCGACUUCGAGAUGUAUGACACCACGUAUGAAGACGUGCGCGUUAUCAAAGAUUUUGCGAUCGGCUAUACGAGAAACGGAGACAUGAAGAUCCUGGCCAAGGUAGCUAAGGCUUAUUGA